UAAAAAAUCCGGUAUAAGUCUUCCUUGAUUUGGCAACAUUUUACUGUUGAUAAAUAUAUUAUAUGUUCAGUUAUAAAAUUUUAAGUAUUAAUUUACUUGGUAAAUAAAAAUUUUAUACACUGUACCCAACUUCGAUUUUAACGCACAUUAUUUUCAACACCUCCCUCAUAAACUGCAACUUUUCUUCUUACUUAAUUACUUAAUUGCAUCUGCAAUAUGUGUAAAAAUAAUAAUUCAGAUCCGCCUGUUACAGUCAAAGUAAUAAAUGACUCUAUAAAAUUUUCUAAAAUUUUAAGUUGGAAAAAGAAUUUGUCACAGAUUCGUUCAGAACUUGAAGAGAAUAAUAGUAUAAUUGAUAUGGAAUUAUCAUUAUUCGUAAAAAUUUCAACAUCAAAAGAUGAAGGUGAGCGUUUAGAAGUAAUAGACAGAGAUGAUGAAAAUAAGAGAACGUUAGAAGAAAUCAUGGAUACAAAAAAAAAAGUUUUAUAUUUACAAAAGUAUCCAUGGGAAAAUUUUAACGAAGACCAUAAAUUAGAACAUGGAUACACCAUAACUAAUAAUAAUGUACUUAUAAAAGCUAAUAAGAAGGCGUUUACAAUAACGAAUUGCGAAAUUAAAAAAAUUGUGGGAAAACGUACAGAAGAUAAUCCAAAAACUAAAAAAGAGGACUUUAUUGAAUAUUCAAAAGUAUCUUUAAGUUUCAAAUUAAAACCAACUGAAGAAUUUAUUAUAAGAGUAAGAAAAGCCUUAGAAUCUGAUAAUAUACUUCAGAAAUUAAGGGAAAUAGUUAAAGAUUAUGGAGAAUUCAUCUCAGAAGAAAUUAUUUUAGGUGGACAAGUCUAUUUUGAAGAUUCAAGUAAAAAUAAAUAUAAAUUAUUUGUUGGAGGAGAAAAGCGUGAUUACUCAUCCUUUAAUGAAGUCGAAUGGUCAAAACAUUUGAACAAUUUAAACAAUUUGCAUUGCAUAAAAUUAAUAAAACCCAUUAGUAUUUUUCAACUUUUGCCUGAUGAAUUACGUAAAGGCGUCUUAUCUUCAAUCGGUGUAAAAAUCAUUUAUACUAAAACUGAAGAUUGUAAAUAUGAUUUAAAAGAAUCCAGAAAGCGUGUAGAAAAUAUUCCACAAGAUGUUUUAACGAUAUUUCAAAAUGAAGAUUCUGAAUGUGAGAUUUUUGUAGCAGUUAUUGAUGUAAAAGAGAAAGAUUUUUUUAACUGUCGAAUCUCUCAUCAAGAUGGUGAAGAUCCAAAACUUAUAAUACAUUGUAUUCAAAAAAAAUUCAAAAUACGUGAAUGUAAAUUAAAAAUUAGAUGGAUGGUUAUUGGUUAUGAUGUAAAUUUUGGACUUAAUUCUUCAGAUUUUGACGUUCAAUUGGAAAAAUUUAAAGUACAAAAUUGUGAUGAUCACAUUUAUAAGCGUUUUCUAGAAUUGAAAAGUGAUCCUUCAGUACUUUGUUUUGGAAUACCCAAAUUAAGCAAGUUGGAUCGCACAAAUGAGUCAUUUACUGUCGGUCAUCAUUUUUUUGACGAUCAAAAAAAUAAAAAGACUGGAUUGUGCACAUUUUCUUAUUGUUUAAAACAAAAACAAAAUGUCAAUCUACCUGAAUUUACUUUUCAUAUGUUUAUAAUAAAAUGUAAUAAUACUUCCUGUAAUUACGGGAUGGUGCCUUUUAAAAAGAAGAUAAGCAAUUGGCCUAAAAUUUCGAUAAAUAAGAAGCCGAAAUUUAUUAGUAUAUAUUCUUCGGGAGAAAAUAAGUGUAGUCCGAUUUUUCUAAAACAAAAAAUUAAUGGGAUUAAAAUUAAAUAUUUAAAAUGCAAUAAUGAAAAUAAUAUUUCUCAACCAAGAUUACAUGAAUCAGAUAAUCUACAACAUGCGUAUUUUCAAACAAACCAUGAAGGUAAUAAUUGGGUUGACAAAUUCUGAAGAUGAAAUAAAUAAUUUAUCAAUACAAAAUGGAAACAAGAUUUACGCUGUAUAUUUAUAAAAAUCCUUACAUUAGAAACUUUUAGACUUAUACAUAUAUUACCUGUAUUAAUAUAAUAAACAUUAAAAU